GGGAGGGGAGUGGGGACCUGAGGUUUUGGGCCCCCUGAGAAGCUGAAGAUACCACCACCACCACACAGCCCCCCGCUGCGGGGGGACAACCUGUCCUGGGCAAAAGGGAGGAGGGGUAUGGCACAGCUGUGUGACCUUGGAUACGUUCCUCUAAUUCUCUAUUCCCUUAGGCUCAGGAGCCUCACCUUGAUCCAGACCUCCUUCGGCUGUGGUCACCCUGGGACUGCAGCUGGGAACAAGAGGGACACAGAUGUGACUAGACAGGGACCCUAGCUGUACCCUUGCCAGAGCUUAGCAGUCAUCAUCCAAAGAUCUGGGUACGGAGGCCCAGGAGCCAUGGGCGACUGGGGCUUCCUUGAGAAGCUGCUGGACCAGGUCCAGGAGCACUCGACCGUGGUGGGCAAGAUCUGGCUGACGGUCCUUUUCAUCUUCCGCAUCCUCAUCCUGGGCCUGGCUGGCGAGUCAGUGUGGGGCGACGAGCAGUCGGAUUUCGAGUGUAACACGGCCCAGCCAGGCUGCACCAACGUCUGCUACGACCAGGCCUUCCCCAUCUCCCACAUCCGCUACUGGGUGCUGCAGUUCCUCUUCGUCAGCACGCCCACCCUGGUCUACCUGGGCCACGUCAUUUACCUGUCUCGGCGCGAGGAGCGGCUGCGGCAGAAAGAGGGGGAGCUGCGGGCACUGCCGGCCAAGGACCCACGCGUGGAGCGGGCACUGGCAGCCAUAGAGCGACAGAUGGCCAAGAUCUCGGUGGCGGAGGACGGUCACCUGCGGAUCCGCGGGGCGCUGAUGGGCACCUAUGUGGCCAGCGUGCUCUGCAAGAGUGUGCUAGAGGCAGGCUUCCUGUACGGCCAGUGGCGUCUCUAUGGCUGGACCAUGGAGCCUGUGUUCGUGUGCCAGCGCUCACCCUGCCCCUACCUCGUAGACUGCUUUGUCUCACGCCCCACGGAGAAGACUAUCUUCAUCAUCUUCAUGCUGGUGGUUGGACUCAUCUCCCUGGUGCUCAACCUGCUGGAGCUGGCGUACCUGCUGUGCCGCUGCCUCAACCGGGGGAUGAGGGCCCGGCAGAGCCAGGACAUGCCCCCAGCCCAGGGCACCUCCUCGGAGCCUUAUCCUGACCAGGUCUUCUUCUACCUCCCCAUGGGUGAGGGCCCCUCAUCCCCGCCAUGCCCCACCUACAAUGGGCUCUCGUCCAGUGAGCAGAACUGGGCCAACCUGACUACGGAGGAGAGGCUGGCUUCUUCCAGACCCCCCCUCUUCCUGGACCCGCCCCCCCAGAGUGGCCGGAAAUCCCCCAGUCGCCCCAGCAGCUCUGCUUCCAAGAAACAGUAUGUAUAAGAGCCCGGGAAGUCUUGCUGCCUUCAGUGUAAGACUCUGCAGAGAUGACUGGGGCUGGGGAAGCAGGUGCUUGCUGGCCAGAAGGCCUCACUGCAUGUUGUUCUUGAACACCUGGGGCCUUCCUGGUGACCAGAGGGCACCAUAGUUUCCCCUCCAGAAUGUGGCUUUGUCCCAGGCACAGGCAGAGGCAGCUUGGGGUGCUCUUGGCCAAGGGUGUUUGGGCCCUGUGGUCUUUUUCACCGUGUUCAAAGGGACUCGGAGACAACUUACUCCACCCCCACCCCCGUGGAAGAUUCACCUCUGCCCAGGUUGUCCACACACCCUGUCCUCACAGAAAAAGGCUGGUCGAGGCUGCUGGGUCAGCCUUGGUCCCACACACAGACAGAGCCUGUGCUGGAUCUGGCCCUGUCAAGGGGCCUGGGGUCUUGUUCUCAUCACUCCUUCCUAGUUCUGCUGUUUAUCCUUCUAAAAUAAACAGGACUUGACCACAA